UGGCCUGUUGACAGAUGACAAGUUAACCAUUAUUCUGAGUUAACCUAAAAUACGCGCCAAAACUUUCAGUCAUAACUCAAUCAAUAUUGUAAUUUUAAGCAAAAAUGCAGGCAUUUCUAAAGUCAGGCAAGUUGGACAGCGGUGAAAAAUCUGGACAGUCAACUCCAAAAUCAUCAAAAAAAUCUAAAGCUGUACCCUGGGUUGAAAAAUAUCGUCCCAGGACAGUCUCGGAUGUUGUGGAACAAGGUGAGGCAGUUUCUGUGUUACAACAGUGUAUCUCAGGUGCCGAUUUGCCAAAUUUGUUGUUUUACGGCCCCCCUGGCACCGGUAAAACCAGCACAAUUCUCGCAGCUGCAAGACAGCUAUUUGGGGAUUACUACAGAGAUAGAAUCCUUGAACUGAAUGCUUCUGACGAAAGAGGAAUUCAGGUUAUUAGAGAUAAAGUAAAGACCUUUGCACAACUAACAGCUAGCGGUACAAGGCCUGAUGGUAAAUCAUGUCCUCCAUUUAAAAUCGUUAUCUUGGAUGAGGCCGACUCAAUGACACAUGCGGCUCAGGCUGCUUUACGUCGAACAAUGGAAAAAGAGUCCAGAUCUACCAGGUUUUGUCUAAUUUGUAAUUACGUUUCAAGGAUUAUUGAACCGUUGACAUCAAGGUGUACGAAAUUUCGAUUUAAACCUUUGAAUGAAGCUAUGAUUUUUGAGAGAUUGACUUUUAUAUGUGGAAAAGAAAAUGUUGAAUGCAGUGAUGAGACUUUAACUGCUUUGGUCGAGACCAGUGGAGGCGAUAUGAGGAGAGCCAUUACCUCAUUGCAGAGUUGUGCUAAACUGAAGGGAAAUGGCAUUCCAAUUACUGUAGAUGAUGUACUAGAAGUGACUGGUGUUGUUCCAGAGCGGUGGUUAAAGGAGUUUUUAGAUGUUUGUAAAACUAAAGACCAAAAUAAGCUUCAAGCGUUUUUGGAGGAAAUGAUGUAUGAAGCGUAUGCUGCUUCACAGAUUCUGGAACAGCUAAAUCAGUACAUCGUUAAUUUUGAUGGGUUUAAUGAUCAACAGAAGGCUGCCAUUGGUCAAAAAUUGGGGGUCGUCAGUUUUAAGUUGCAAGAUGGUAGUUCAGAAUUUAUUCAGUUGCUUGAUUUGGGGUGUUCCGUAAUUAAGGCAUAUUGUAUCGUGUGAAGUUCUUAUUGUAUCUCUUUACAUUUUGUAUUUAAAUUGUCAUUUUUAAAUAAAUUGAAUUUUUUGUAUUUUUUUAUAGAAAUUAAAACUUAGAAUUUUUUCUUCUAAAA